AUGGUUCAGGUCAGUUCUGGGAGAACUCUUGUAGACCUGACUGUCCGAGGACUCGCGCCAGGCACGUAUCGUGCCACAAUACGUCAAUAUGGGGAUCUCAAACAUGGGGCCAAGUCGACAGGACCUGUCUGGUCUGGGGAUCAGUCCGAACGUAAUGGUGUCUUGGGCGAUAUUGAUGUUGGUCAAGAUGGGCGAGGUGCUGCCUUUGUUGACCAUCCUUUUCGGAUUUGGGAGGUGAUUGGCCAUGCCAUGGUUCUAACACGACAAAAUGAGGCAGCUGGGCCUCUCGAAAAUGACGACAACACCGUGGUUGGGGUUAUUGCUCGAAGUGCAGGUGUAUGGGACAACGAUAAGACGGUAUGCUCCUGUACUGGAAAGACACUGUGGGAGGAGAGGAGGGACGAAGUCCGAAAGGGCAUGCUGUAG